UUUAGGAAGAGAGUUCGAUGGUGGAGGAACGAUGUUAUAUGUCCAGUCAGGAUGUGUAUGGCUUGGAGGACAACUUCCAGGUAGUGGUAUUCCCACGCUUUUGUUGCCCUUGCCCUUUUAGCUGGUAGAGAUCAUGGGUUUGGAAGGUACUAUCCAAGGAGUCUGGCUGAGAUGCUGCAGUGUGCCCUGUAGAUGGUCCAAACCACUGCUACACUGUAUUGGCGGUAGAGUAAGUGAAUGGUUGUGUACGGGUUCGUACUCACCUCAGUUAUGAAUAACCAUGUUCUCAGAUUGCAACUACACUGAAUAAUGUGAACAAACUUAGUAAGAACAUGAAAAUAUAAGAAACAUUGGCAGGAAUAGGACAAGCCACAACCAAUUUUGGAGCCAUCCACAAACUUACUAACCAUGUUAAUAAUGCUGAAAUCCAAAUCAUUAAUAUAAAUGACAAGCAACAGUGGACUCAAUAAUCCCUGCAGCGCAUCAUUGGUCACUGGUCUGCUAUUUGAAUAAAACCACUCUUGCUCUGCCUAAAUUGUGUCCAUUUGGCUAACUCAUUUUGGAUCCUUUAGGAUCUAACCUUUUGACAAGUCCUACCAUGCAGGACGUCAAAAGCCUUGGUUAAUGCCAAAACUUCAAAGAGUAGAACAGCAAUGAGAUAGCGGAUCAGAGAACAUAGGCCUAAAGAUGAAGGGGGUAAAGUUGGUGAUUUACAAAUCUGAUUUCAAAAUUCCAGUCAAAAUCUAAUUUAAUUUGCAUGAAUAUAGACCUCAGUCAGCAUAUUCCGUUUGCGCAUUGGCUGUUUCCCUGCUCAGGGGGACUGGAAAUUGGAAGUCUCUGAAACUAUAUUAGAAACUGCUUACCUGACCCUAACCUUAUUGAAAGCCAACUCCAUGCAACUGGUUGAGAACAGCUCGGGUCAACCAACAUAUUAUCUGAUAAAACAUUCUGAUGUGAGUCGGCCCAUGCUUGUUUCACUACUUUAUCCAGUUCAGGAUGACUUAGUAAGUUGUGUAAGUUGAAUCGCAGGUGUAUUUAUUUAAUAUUUUUCCUCGAACAGAUGGGACUCCUGGUGGUCUGGUGGUUAGGAUUCAGUGGCCCAGGUUUAUUUCCCAGUCAGGGAAUUUGAAUUUUGGGUAGCACAGUGGCGCAGUGGUAGAAGUUGCUACCUUACUGUGCCAGAGACAUGGGUUCGAUCUUGACCAGGGGUUCUGUCUGCAUGGAUUUUGUAUGUUCUCCCUGUGACCGCCUGGGAUUUCUCCGGGUGCUCCAGUUUCCUUCCACACUCAAGACGUACAGGUGUGUUGGUUAAUUGGCUUCUCUAUAAGUGUAAUUUGGAUUGGUCAUAAAUUUAUACCCAAGCAUUCCAUAUGAGAGAAACCAUCAUUUGGUGCAUAGCUCAUCUAAAAUACAAAUAUUCAAAUUGCAGUGGUUUUCUUCAGAUUUGAGUUUAGGGCAUAAACAUCAUGGAGAAGAAUAGGGAUGGUUUACCCCACACCAAGUUUUGCUCUAUCUGGUUUUGGCGCUCGAAGUAUGAGAACAGCUGACUGUAAGCGAUGCUGCGACUGACAGAAUCAUAUAAAUUGUAGAAAAUAUUUAUUAAAAAAUGUAUGUCUAAAAUUGACUUUGAAAACUUGAAUAUUCAUUCACCCUAUCUUAUUUACACAGGCACACGUAAAAGUAAGCCCAACAAAAUGUAUUCUUCCAGGAGUAAGGAAAGACGAUGCAAUUGAUAAACGAUCAAUAGAGUGUAUUUUGAAUUCAAUAUUACCUCCAAGGCAAUGGUCAGAGAACGGUCAGAUCUGGAUUCAGCAGAUAUCUACUGUUCCAGCCACUCGAACAGAUGUGAUAAAUAUGCAGGAGAACUUAGAUAGAAAACUGCAGCAAAGGCAGGCUCGGGAGACUGGUAUUUGCCCUAUUCGCCGGGAAUUAUAUGCGCAAUGUCUUGAUGAGCUGAUUAGACAUAUCACCAUCAACUGCCCAGAACGUGGGAUGUUGCUUCUUCGAGUUCGUAAUGAGAUUCUCAUGACCUUUGCGGCAUAUGACACCUUGUAUGAAAGUAGCGUUGCAUUUGGGUUGAGGAAGGCUCUUCAAGGAGAUCUAGAAAAAAUUCUACUGCGCCAACAGAUUGAAGCACUUAAACAAGAAAUAACCAAAGUUCAAAAUGAACUCAGUGAAAUGAAAGCUAAAUAUGAUGCAGCCGAGAAACGACAUGCAGAAAGGAAAGGGCUCGAUGUCAAGAGACAUUCAGAAGAAAUUGUUACUCUUAGAAAGAUCAAUCAACAAUUAAAGCUGCAACUUGAAGGUGUCAUUACUUACAGGAGAUGAACUGCACCUGUUUUACUUCUUACAUGGAGGAAUGGCAUUUUGAUGUAUGCUUUCCUUAGCAGUAUUAUAACAAUGCCUUGUGUGCUUAUGUGCAGAUCCCAUGCCUUAAACCAUCUAAAUUAUUAACAAAUACAAAGGUAACUAUUAUAAAUUAGUGGAUAUCCACAAAUGUAAAGUAGAUAUUCUCUGAAUGUUAAUGCAUUAAUCUAUAAUAAAGGAAUGUCUAACAAGUGUUUUAAAUAAUUUGUUGUCUUUCUAUUAAUACUGGAGGUAUGAUUGUACCUUGCAAAGUUCAGAUUGCCCAUUCAUAGUUGCCUUGUGUGAAGACAAUCUUGCAACUGAUGAACAUAGCCUAUGUUAACCACAAAACUGUGGGUGUAGAUCCCACAUCUAUAUUACUAAAAGUCUGAUCUUGACCACUCCCUGUUGUUCUGUAUAUUGAUUUUACAAAAAACGCAGCCACUUACGGCUGUGAUUUUUGGCUAUCUUACUCAGAGUCCCCAUCCGCUGCGCAGGACAAGAGGAUUUUUCCCAUCAAUGAAAAAUAAGGGUUAUUAGUGUUUUAAAAACUGUUGAGUUUCUCUCUCCAAAAGGCCAUGCCCCUUCCGGAGGGACUAUAAAACCCGGAAGUGUUGAGUGCCUCGGUCAGUCUCUGAAAGAUGGGGGAGAGGGUCACGUCUCUCGGUCUGAGCUGUGAAUGACACUGAACACAUGCCUAUUAAACUGUGAGUGGUUUUACUGACCUGUCAGUGCCCUUAAUGUGGUUUGGAAAUGCUAAAGCCAUGUUGGCCUUUGGUUUGGAAAUGCCAAAGCUGUGUUGCCUUUGGUUUGUAAAUGCUAAAGCUGUGUUGCCUUUGGUUUGGAAAUGCUAAAGCUGUGUUGCCUAAUUUAAGUUGCCUUGCCUUCAAUAUAAUUAAAAGUGUAAUCUUCACCAUUUCCUGUUUGCGUUUUAUAUUGAUUUUAGAUAAAAUGCUACCACGUACGGCUGUGAUUUUUGGCUAU